AAUACAGCUAGAAACUCCAACACGUGGAAACAGAGAGGAGCGACUGGAUUUAUCUGAGGUGGACUGAACGCUCAACUUUCAAAAGGCAAAAACGGUGUCCUUUCUACAGUUGCAGCUGAGUGGACUGACUAUAUACCAAACUGAGGGGAACAUACCAACUGACCUGAGUGCACCCGGACAAGUUGAGGUGGACGAGAUUGCGGCAGCCAUUCCCAGUGGUCAGGUACAUAAACCCUUCAUCUGUGAAUCUGUUACAGUACGCCAGACUCAGGUAUUGAAGGUUGAGACAAUUCCUGUUCAAAAGCAAUAGUUCGAUUAGUUUAUAUGCAAAAUGGAGGGAAACUUAUUUGUGUUUAAUCUUUUGUAUAGUUGGUUGUUUUAUUGUUGUUUUUUAACAAAAGUCUAAAUUUGAAUACAUGCAUGGUAUUUUGCAUAGUACCCAUGAGGGAGAGUGCUAAUGACUGAAAUCUGUUUAACCUGCAAAUCUAUCAUCAAUGUAAUCAAACAGUCCAGACGUUAUGUUAUGAGUGCCACAUCUGUUCCUCUAUCAUUAAACUGGCACCAGCCAAGCUGCUCACAAGCCAGCAGCACAUCUUUACAAACAGAAAUAAAGAUAUUUCUGGGAACCAAGGGGCAGGGGGCCAGAAAGGAGUAUCAUAGCGGGAUUUGUUUGUUCAAUUUGGAGAUAUGAGUGAGCUGGACCACAGUUUAAAGCACAAAUGUUCGUGACAUGGCAGUUUAUCAUAACUGGAGGUUUACCUGGACAGUUCUCUUAGAGUUUUGUUUGUUAUAAGUGUGCAAGAAAGGUUCAAGUAGAGCAAACAUGGACAGCCCUCGACAAUUCUCUGAACCAUCGUAUCCUGUUAAAGAGCGGAGAUUUAAAUGUUACUUUAAGUUCUCUCAGCAAGACCCCUGUUCUUAGAGUACAUGGCACAGUCGAAUACCACACUCAUGCACAUGCAUUAACAAACAUUUAAACGACUUGACAGUUUUAUGUAAAAAUGACAAUGACUAAAACAGGUAAAACUUCAAAGGACAUUUUCACUGAUUUAUUAAUGGACCAAUAUUUAUCAAUUUCAACAAUCUAGUUGUCAUUCUACAAGACUACAGACAUUAUUGUAACAGUAACGUGGUACAUGUGAUAUGAAGAUGAUGCAUUUUUGUAGAUUUAGAUUUUUUCAUCUAUACAGUAUCAUCAUAUUCUCAACAAUGUUUUACUUACGGUAACAUUAAAACACUCUGACAAAUUGAGGUCCUGAAGAUUUCUGCAUUCACCUAAGAAAACAUAAUGUACGGCAAGUAAAGAGCAGAAGAAACAACUGGUCCAACUACUAUGAUGUCCACCUUUAGUGGAAAUACUUUGCUAUAAAUAUUAUAGGCAAAUUGUGAUAUAGUAAAGUAAUAUACGACAGUAUGUAAGGAACAACUUCUGUCAUAGUAUUCUGCCUUCUUUCAAAGCCGUAUACACAUUCCUGGACAGCUCCCAUCUCUUACAUAAUGUGCUGCCUCUCUCUUCUUCCUCAGGCUAAGCAGCAGCUGUGUUCCAUCAAUAGUAACACUGCUCACCUUUGACCCAUUGCUUCUGUGUCCAAGCCUGUUUUCUCAAGAUUUGUAUCCCAAAAUCCUACUUCUCUCCAGCUCUUCUUACUGAAAAGACAAUCCCUGCAGGGCACAGGAUGCAAGUGACCUCCUCUCUCCUCUUAGCCUCCCUGCUCCUCCUCCUGCUCCCGUCCAUCGAGAUGAAAAGACCAGGGAAGAGCAGAGGUCUCAGAGGAGCCAGACAUAAACUCACACGGGACAGGAUGAGAGGUGUUGGGCGUCACAGCAGAUCGGGCCCCUCCAGGCUUGUGGCACCUGACUGCUCAGAGUUGACAGAAUCUAGAGAUGUCUUCGUAGACUGUCAGGACCGGCGCCUCACCUCCAUUCCCACCUCGCAGACCUGGUCCGCACAACCAAAGCACCUCCUUCUGGCCCGUAAUAGGCUCAAAGUCCUUCGUGAAGAUGCCUUCUCUGGAUUUGAGAGUUUAACUAGUCUGGACCUGCAGCAGAAUCAGAUCUUUUUAGUGGAGGAAGGGGCCUUCCAGGGCCUGACACACCUUACAACCCUGCUGCUGCAGCACAACCGUCUGGGAACACUUAGCGAGGAGGCCCUCAUCCCCAUGCCAAACCUUCGCUACCUACGUCUAUAUGAUAAUCCCUGGAAUUGUCUCUGCCCGAUGGACAGUCUCAUACGCACCCUUCAGGUCCCAAGCAACCGUAAUCUAGGAAAUUAUGCCAGGUGUGCAGGGCCCACCAGGCUAAAAAGCAUGAAGUUGAAGCAGAUUGACCCCAAGCUACUCUGUAAGGAGACAGACCUAACCGGCGAACAACAGGGCGACCAAACAGAUCCCGUAGACCCUGUGGACCAUGUAGACCCCAUUCCCUUCCGCUCAAAACCAGACGCAACCACAUCUUGCCAUACCUAUCUUUUCCCACAAAUACGGAUGGACUGCAGGAACCGAGGUCUAACUGAGGUGCCUACAGGUAUUCCAGAGGAUGUUGUUCAUAUCGAUCUGUCCCAUAAUUCAAUCCGUCAUCUCAAAGCCAGAAAUUUCCACGGAGCAAGGGGCCUCAGAACCCUUAACAUCAGUCAUAACAACAUGGAGCACAUUGACACAGCUUCCCUGUCUGGGCUGCUGCAUCUACAUGAGCUGGACCUGUCCAACAACAGCCUGCAUUUUGUCAAGUACGGUGUUCUUGAAGACCUUUACUUCCUGUCACAGUUAAAACUGGGAGGAAACCCCUGGGUGUGUGACUAUAGCAUCCACUAUAUGGUGUACUGGCUGCGCCUGCACCCAGGGGUGAGACACUCUGGCCUCUUGUGUCGUUCUCCUCCUGAACAUACUGGGGAGAGUGUAGCGCAGUAUGUGCAUUCCUACAACAGAGAGUGUCCAAAGGACAGGCAGCACAGCAGAACGGAUCAAGACCAAACAGACCCUGAACUAUGGAACACACCAAUGGAAGUGCAGGGAGAACUGGAGGAGCUGGAGCCAAGCCACUUGAGAGCACCGCAGAAAUACCAGAUAAUCAGGCUGUCCUGAUUCGAGUGAAACUUUGUCCUACAAUUUGACUCUUUGUUUUCCCUUCAUUCAUUUCCUUUCAUUGUCAUAAAACUGUCUGUAUCAGAUGGAGAAACUACAUUUUUCCGUGUUGUUUUCAUAUUUGUUGUCCUUUUAAUCAGAAUAUAAGAGUUGACAACUUAUUGACUGUCUUGACAAAUUAUUACAAUAAUCUGUAUCAAUGCACACCUAAGUGAAACAUGGGUACUGCACAUGAAACAAUAACAAAACAAUCUGGCGACAGAAUAUGAAAUACUCACUUAUACAUUUCAAGCUGGGCCAUUUUAGAGACACGCAGCCUCGCAGAUUGAGAUGGAUGACAAAUGGGCGGUAGUUCUGCAGAAUCUGCUUCAUUGUGCUGUCUGUUAUCCAGUCUUUCUCCACAGAGAAGUUGA